AUGUACACAUCCUACGAAAUUGUAUGUCGAACCAACAUCCCGGCCUUCAAACUCAAACACUCUGUCGUUCGCCGCCGAUACUCAGACUUUGAAUAUUUCCGUGACAUCCUUGAGCGCGAGUCGUCCCGUGUCACCAUCCCGCCGUUGCCAGGGAAAGUGUUCACGAACCGGUUCAGUGACGAAGUAAUUGAGCACAGAAGGGAAGGGUUGCAGCGGUUUCUGCAGAUUGUGGCUGGCCAUCCUCUGCUGCAGACAGGAAGUAAAGUGCUGGCGAGUUUUAUUCAGGACCCGAACUGGGAUCGGAAUGCAUGGUGA